UUGAAUAUCGAAUCCUGUCAAUAUGCUGUCCAGACAAGGCCGAAUUCCGCAUGCGAUAUCGCAACAAACAAGGAACACUCUACUCUACCGGGGCAUGGCGUCUUUGAAAAAGAUCCCACUCACACGACCAACAGGCGUGAACCCACCGCUAUUUCACCAAACGAUUGUCCAUUCCGACGGCAGCACGUUCACUCUUCGCACCACUUCCCCCCGACCUCUCCUCAAAUUGACAAAAGAUGCCCGUAAUCAUCCCCUUUGGAAUCCUGCCUUGAAUGUUCUGGAUGAUCAAAGCGGGGAGUUGGCCAAGUUCGAGAGGCGUUUCGGGGAGGUGGCUGAUCUGGGCGAUUUGGCAGAGUAUGAGGUUGUUGAGGCUGCGCCGAAGAAGACAAAGAAAGUGGUCGAGGCAGAGCCAGUACAGGCUGCAAAGAAGGGAAAGAAGAAGAAAUAGCGCGUGUUGCACCAUCGAGCAGACUGUAUUUGUUCCAUACCGAUAUAUUUAGACGGUUGUAUAUCAACACUCAGAGAUACAUAAAUUAUCAAUACAAACAAUGUGGGGAGCGCCUUUGUCAUAAUCUGAAACUUAGCGUCUUGUCGGAAUGAUGUACCAUUAGUUGCUUUGCCCGUGGGUGCUCCCAAUCGUUCAAAUCCUUCAAAAUCCAAAAU